AAAUUCACAUCACCGUUUCCUACGCCAACGGUGUGUAUCCGAGGUUUGGAAGCGGGUGGGAAGGACCAAAAUCGGGUAGUUACUGACCCUAUUUACCGAACCUGGGAGCUCAUCGGGGCUGGGGGGUCGCCCUGACGAGUUUUAAACCCAAAGAUCGCCUCACCUGUUCUUGCAGUUAGUUACUUGAUCGUACGCUCUUCCAAUGUCGGAUUUCAAGCUCGGGAUUGUUCGACUUGGCCGUGUGGCCGGGAAGACAAAAUACACACUAAUAGAUGAACAGGACAUACCGCUGGUGGAGAACUAUGCUUUUGAGGCACGCAUGGAGGUAGAUGCGGACGGAAACGGCGCCAAAAUCUUUGCGUACGCCUUCGACAUCGGCAAGGGCCGCUGGGCCGGUCGGCCUCUACACGAGCUGCUCUGGGAGAAGCACAGAGGAGGCAUCGCCCCCAGUUUCCAGGUGGUCCAUAUCAACUCGGUCACCGUGGACAACCGUCUGGACAACCUUCGACUCGUCCCCGUGGGCUGGUGCCCCAAACCCGAGGAGAUCUCCAGCAAGCAGAGAGAGCAGUCCCUGUACUGGCUGGCGAUCCAGCAGGUGCCAGCCGACCCUGUGGAGGAGCAGUACCUGGAGCUGAGCCGGACGCGCUACUACAACGCUAACGGGGAGCUGGUGGAGGAGGAGGAGUGCUCCUGCACCUACUACGAGUGUCACUAUCCUCCCUGCUCACUCAUAGAGAGGAGGUUGAGAGAGUUCAACAUUUGCGGCCGCUGCCAGGUGGCGCGCUACUGUGGCUCCCAGUGCCAGCAGAGAGACUGGCCUGCUCACAAGAAACAGUGUCGGGAACGCAAGAGGGUGCUGGCACUGGAGUCUGAGCCGGAGCGAUGAUGCCCCCUCCUGGGGAGGAGGACCUGGGAGGAGGAGGAUGGUCUGCUGACAGAGGACAGUGUUGGUUUGGAUGGGGAGAUGAGGGAGGCACGAAAACUACAUUUCCCAGAGACUGGCAAAUCUCCAUAGCUUGCUCACCACGUGGAUGGGGAUGAUGGGAAAUGUAUUUUUUUUAUUUUAUUAUUUUGAUUUCUUCGUGAGAGGGAGACCCUCGAUCUACCUGCUGCUAUGGAUUUGUAUGUUUGGGUAACGAAGAGGUCCCAUUGGAUGAAACUGCGUGUGCUUCUCUGAACUGUAAUUGGCUACGUACAGUUAUCAUCAUCAUCAUCAGCUUUCUCCUUCCACCCACCAACCGGUAAUGUGUGUGUGUGCGAGUGUGUGUGUGUAGCCGUGGAGAUCGAGGGACGACUUUAGCUGCCUGCAAGUCAUCUGGUUCUUUUAGACACGGAUCACUGAGAGCUCUCAAGGACCAUCUGCCCAUGCUCACCUCCACCUCCCCAUCACUCACCUCCACCUCCCCUUCACUCACCUCCACCUCCACUUCACUGGUGUCGCACUACCAGUGUUGUGCGUGUACAGUGUGUGUGUGUGUAUGUAUACGGUAUGUGUGUGUGUGAGUGUUGCCAACAUGGACUGAAGGACAUUGAUGACAUGUGAACGUGAGACCUAGGGUAAAGUUGUAUUGUCUUUUUUUGUUUUUGGUGUUUUCACUUUGUGUGUGGGAGGGGGAGAGGGUUAAACAUGCUGUUCGGAGUUGUUUCUGUGGUGUUCAACUUCCUGAAACGUCCUUCCUGUCUGUGUCGCUCUCUGUGUCGAUGCAACGACUCACCCCUCCAGAUGCUCAGUCACUAAGCGCUCCAGGACAGUUGGGGUCCUGGAAGGAACCUCAACCCCUCCCACACACACACCUGGUCGGAUUCCUCUAGAUGGAAACACGGAGCUUCUACUAUCAAUUCCAGUUAUUGUUUUCUGUCGGACAUUAAAAUAAAUUGUUUUGUGUGUCAACGUGAUUGUAGCAGAAAUGAUGCUAAUGUUUGUUUUUGGAGACUGCUUCCCCUGCCCACUCGUAAUCUCUCCGCUCACCCUCCCAGCGCGUCUUCCUGUCCGCUUCCUGGUGAUGAAUCCCAAUGAAGCCUCCUUCCUGGGUGUUAGAAGCACACACGUGACUCUUGGCUUGGCUGUUAAGCGUGUGGACGGAUUCAGAACACUGUGCACUGAGCUGCUGUACCUGCUCUCCCUCCAGUAUCAUUAACAGUCAUAGAGGAGGAGAGAUUAGGGGAAGGACGAGUUUGAAAUGUCGGGCGUCAGAUUUUCUUUUUUUUAAAGAAAUAAUACAACAUUAAUUACAUAGCAUAAGGAGCUGCAAUUUGUGAAUGGAAGAGCAGUCAAGGUUAACUGACCUCUUUUCACUGUAAAAUGACAAAUAAAAUAAAGUUUAAAGAAUGUU